AAGAAUACGCAUAGUAAUACAUUUAUUAGUACAUGACACGGAAGAUGUUCCCUCUAUUCCCAGCACAGAUAAGCUUGGUGUGACGUAGAAUUAUCUCGACAGACUGGGAAAUACAGCGUAAUACGGCCGUAUAACGCUAUUGAGCGCUUUCUUAAGGAAUGUUCGUAGCAAACAAGUCGGUAAUAAGAACAUACUUCAAAAUCGAUUAUGUGCCUGGCCUGCAGUGUCUUCGGGUUUCACAAUGAUAUUUGCAGUUUUCUUUUCUCAUGAAAAUCUGCCAGAAUAACAAGAUUGCGGUUUUGUUUCGACACCUAUAAAAUUACUGGAGGCGAGCAAGGACUGGCAGCGACGUGACCGCGACGGUCGCUCUGUUGUCGUCCAGGGCAUGGCGAGCGUCGUCGACUGCUUCAUUUACGACGGCCAGUCGGGCAUGCAGGAGUCGUGGAACACGGACGCCAAGCAGAACAUCGUCCAGACACCGACAUCACCCGGCAUAACAUUUGGCACCCACGGAGUGGUGAACGGGGUGCUUCGAUGUGCUUGGAACCGCAAGAACCUAACCAUCGCUCAAGGGAAGACCUUCGACAUCGCCAAAGAAAAGUACUAUCUUCUCCUGUCCUCUGGACCGUUCCUCGUAGAUUCAGCCACCGGCAAACCUACGAGCCAAGGUACCACACCGAUGCCCCUUUUUCGGAAGACACCCAGACCUCUACCAUUUCACCUGAGAAUUCCCCAAACCAAGACCAACCUGCCGUACUAAGCCUCUCCCCCUCCCUAUGGGAAGUGACUGUUUCCA